AAAAAUUAUUACCACUGUCAUUCUGUUUCUUCCACUGAAAAGUCAAAUUUGGAAUCGGGCAAUAAGAUUAUCAUGCCUCCUUCAGCACUUAAUAAGCUUUUGUAUGCUGGAGUGGAAUACCCUAUGUUAUUUGAAAUGAGACAUCUUUCUAAUGGAAAAUUUUCUCACUGUGGGGUCCUAGAAUUCACUGCUGAAGAGGGGAAAAUUUGUGUACCGAACUGGAUGAUGAAAAAUAUGCAGUUAGAAGAUGGAGAUCUUGUACUUCUGAAAAGCACCACACUUGUAAAAGGAACAUAUCUCAAGCUGCAGCCUCACACAAAGGAUUUCAUGGAUCUCUCAAAUAUAAAAGCAACGCUGGAGAUUAAUCUGCGGAGCUUCUCAUGUGUAACAACUGGUGACACAAUAAUGAUUCCAUACAACAACAAAGAAUACUACAUUGAUGUGAUUGAAACUAAGCCAUCUCAUGCUAUCAGCAUCAUUGAAACAGACUGUGAAGUUGAUUUUGUCCCCCCUCUUGAUUAUAAAGAAGAAUUUAAGAAAGAGUUGCCAGCUACUUCAUCUGACCGGAAACAACAGCAAGAAGCUGAUGACAUUGACAUUCUAACUAAGAUUGGAGAGUUUGCACCAUUUUCUGGUUCUGCAAGGCGUUUAGAUGGUAAGUUAUCCACACCAUCAGAUAAACAAGUUUUUUCUUCCUCUUGUAUGGCAAAACAGCAAGGUGACAAUGAACACAAGAAUUCUGAUUCCAAAUCUUCAUCGAAUAAUGUUUCAUCUACAAUUUCUGGGAAGCUUUUCUUUGGGUCAAAAUCACACAAGGCCUCUCAGAAAUCCACUAAUCAAGACAAGGCAGAAAUAACCCAGAAGCCACAAGAACCAAAGUUUCAAGCUUUCACGGGAAAAAAAUAUUCACUAAGAAAUUGA